CAUUGCGAAAUUUCCCACUUUUAACAGCUUAGUUUGAAGAACGACUUUCACGUUUUAAUUUGCCAUUGCUGCUUUUGUCCACGCUCCCAAUCUCCUUACGAAAAUUCUAAAAAACUCUGUUUCACUCAAGGAAGACUAUGAAUUUCCUCACAUUAUCAAGUGGCUGCCUGAUUUUUCUGCUGGUGGUAAUGGUCCAAUCAUCGUCCUUGAAAGACAUCAAGAACGACAUGGAAUUCGAACAGAUGUAUCGUUCUUUUCUGGAGGAGGAGGAGGUCUCAGAUGAACCAGAAGAAUGUGACGUGAACUACGAGAAAGUAGGAUGUUUUAAAGAUAAAACGGAUGCCAGGGCGCUGUCUGUAAGAAUCUUCAGUGACCGGAAAAAUAUAGACUGGGAAGCUGGUAAAUGGGAAAAGUUUUUAAAAAGACUGGCUUGCCGCUGUGCCAAGGAAUCAAGGACUAAAGGGUACGACCAUUUUGGUCUACAGUACUAUGGUGAAUGUUGGAGUGAUCCUGAGGCCGCUGACAAGUUUGACCGCUACGGAAAAUCCGAAAAUUGCAUGGGGUUUGCAUACAAACCGUGCGAUGACGAAGACAGCAACGAAUGUGUUGGAGGUGAAAACAAAAACUACGUGUACCGCGUAGAAGAAGAAGGAGGAAGUGCAAGUGGAUUUGGGUCAGCUCCAUGAUGAAGACACUACAAUAAAAUUAAACGUCUUACCUCAAAAUAAAAACCCAUUUUGAUAACCUAUCUGUUUACUUGAUUUUAAAUCGUCAAACAAUAGAUAACGACAUAAAGCGUGAUAAAGUUGUCUUAAGGUUUCCUGAACAUUGAUAUGGGUGGGUUCUGGAGAGGACUUUGUUUCCAGUUUAA